AAAGGAGUAGGAUUCAAAUUGGAUGCGCUUUGUAUGGAAGUUAUACAUACUGUACCACCGAAAAUACAACAUUUCCUUUGGAGACUUCUCAAUGUGCUCGCGGUGGGUGACUUGCUAGCUGUGAGGGAUAUCCAUUCGGAAUUGCAAUGCAAAAGCUGCGGAGAGAAUCCUCUACUGCAGUGAAUCUCUGGUAAAAAAAAACCUUUGUGGGACUAGUGACAAAUGACCAGGAGCUAGCCAACUUCAAAUUAUGGCUGCAAGCAUAUGUCAACUAAAUGGGGUACUCUCCUCACCGUUGAUCCCUUGGUUGCUUUGAAAUGUUUGGACUGCAAGAAAUAAGUUGGUGUUUGAAGGCAUAAUUUUUUAGGUAGAAUACAUAAUUUCGAAGUUAAUGGCGGAGGCAAGAGCUUGGGAAGCAGCAAACAUCAAGAAAGUAAAGGAAAAACAGAAGAAGCCUAAUGCUACUCGCAUAACGUCAUUUCCAACUUGCUGGACGAAUCAUCAAAAACAAGCAGUGAUCUGCAGAGGAUCUUCAAAUCGUCCUUUUGUCUGCUCAGCGUUGAUGGCGGAAGCACUAGCCAUUAAAGAUGCUCUCUUCAAAGCUAAAGAUCUCAAUCUUCAGAGUCUCCAGCUUUUUCGGACUUUUAAGUCCUAAUCUCGGCGCUGUGUUCAGGGUUGGAUGUGAAUGAGAUCACAUGUAUCCUUCUUGAUGUAAGGAACUUUGCCACUCUCUUUUUUCUGUUAUUUUUUUAUAUUUACUCCUCGUUUAGAGAAUCGUCAAGCUGACCGUAAACUUUUAAGUUUUUAAGUUGGAGUGAUGAAGUAGUAAUUGACAAAAAAAAGAUAGACAGCUUUUUUUUUUUUUCUUUUUUUUUCUUUUUUUUUUUGAAACUAAGACAGCUUUUUCGAUUUACUGCAGAGACUUUUUUUUAGAACAAAUUUACUGUAAAGACAUGUGGAGUCUUCUGUCUUUGGAUUAUAUAUUGUGUUUAUAUGCAAUGGUCCAGAGUCUGCAGACUUCAGAUCAAUAUCAAUCAUGUGGACACAUUUCGUACAAUUUACAAAUAACAAAAACAAAAUUGCUUCCAAUUCUUGCGCGUUACUCUCCAAAAGUUAGUCACUUAAUCACAUGGAACUCUUUUUUCAAACUAUCUAAACCUUCGUGGAACUCUUUUUCUCCUCCCCUUCUAACCUUCCCUUCUAAACCUUCUGUCUAUUAAAAUAGAUAUGCCUUGUAGUUAAAAGCUUGAACAUUUUAAUAGAAACAUAAACAGAGAGGUACUAGUGGCGUUGGUUCAACAAACGAACAACAUGGAUAUGCUUAACACAAUCCUCAAUCUUCUUCUUCCUCCUCUUACCAUCAUCUUUCUCUUCCUCUUUUACCCAUAUUAUCUUUUGAUCAAGCUUAUAGUUUGUCUUUAUAAGCAUCUUCGCUUGGAAAACGUAUCCGGGAAAGUAAUUCUAAUCACCGGAGCUUCUUCAGGCAUUGGAGAGCACGUAGCAUACGAGUAUGCAAAGAAAGGAGCAUGUUUGGCUCUCGUUGAUCGAAGAAAGGAUCGUCUAGAGUUAGUAGCCGAAACAUCACAGAAGUUAGGAUCUGGUAAUGUCAUUAUCAUACCUGGUGAUGUUGCUAGUGUCGAUGACUGCAAGAAUUUCAUCGACGAGACGAUUCACCAUUUCGGAAAACUGGACCAUCUGAUCAACAAUGCCGGUGUAUUUCAAACUGUUCUUUUCGAAGAUUUCAGUCAAAUUCAAGACGCUAAUCACAUAAUGGAUAUCAACUUUUGGGGCACAACAUACAUCACUUACUUUGCGAUUCCUCAUCUUCGAAAGAGCAAUGGGAAAAUUAUCGUGAUGACUUCUGGAUCAGCAAAUAUACCUUUGCCAUUGUCAAGCGUCUAUUCAGCAAGUAAAGCCGCCUUAUUAAGAUUCUUUGAGACAUUAAGAGUUGAACUAAGUCCGGAUAUCAAAAUAAUAAUUAUUUUACCCGGAUUUAUAGCAACAAAUAUGACCACUCCUCGCUUCGUUGAAAAGUACGGUUCAGAUUUUAUCCUGUCAGAAUCAGUCGAUAAAUGCGCAACAGCAAUAUUUAGAGGUAUUGCUAGAGGAGAGACAUACAUAGAGGAGCCAUCUUGGACGAAAUGGAUGGUUUUAGUGAAAAAUGUGUGUCCUGAAAUCGUUGAAUACCCACUCAAAUAUUUAUUCUUUCGUUAUCUCAAACCUGCGUAUUUCAAGUGUGAAUGAUCAUAUCAAAUUCAUCCAAGAUCUCUAGGUUUCAAUGAUGGUUGUGUUCCUAGAAUGAACAUGAAACUUGUACUUUAUUGCUUUGUCUUAUAUAUCAAACUGA